AUGGAACUGUAUUCAGAAAUUGCACGUCUUGGUCUUACCAAAGACGAAAAGACUGCUUUGUGUGCUUAUUUUGUAAAGAACCCCGCUCAGAAAGAGGAAGUAAUAACCGUUUUGACCACACGCGCCCAAAUCAAGGGAAUAUCAAGACUAGGAGGUCUCGGAGGAAAAUAUUACCCAGGACUGGAAAGCGUUUCCUUCUAUGAAGGCUGCAAAAAUAUAUUCGCAAGCGAAUCAAGAACCUUAUUUCGCUCGUGGAGACCAUUCAGUUCACCAGUUAAUAAUCUUACUAUGAAAAACAAAUGGGAUAUAAAGAUAUUUGAAGUUUAUUUUAACCAAUUUUGUGAAGCACAUCUUAAAGAAAAGUUGCCUCAAGCUACUGAUCUUUCGGAUGAAGAAAGAAUAAUCAUUGAUGCUUUACUCUUUAAAAAAGGAAGUCUCGAUUUUGAAACGGAGAAAAUUCCAAAUGAUUGCCGACUUCUUAAGAUAAAUGCACUUGUUGAUACAAGUUCGUACGAUUCACGCAUUGCGCUUCUCGAUUUUCCAGCACCAUUGCUCCGAGUAACAUACCUUCAAAACCGUUUUGGUAGAAUAAGCCGACCUAAAUCAUCUCCUAGCGAUUUCAAUGAAUUUAUCAAAUUAGUGUUUGCAAAAAUGAAUCAAAAAAUAUUGCAAAAAGCAAAGAUGCUGAUCAAGGGGUUACAUAGACUUUUAUGUAAAAAGUGGACGAUUGAAUUAUUAAGAGAUGGAUAUAGAUUGUAG